AGAUCGAGAAGCUAUGUUUCAGAAUUUGAAGUGUGCAAACUGGAAUCUGUACCCUUGGAUUUUGGUGACUACCAUCCACUGAAACCCAUUACAGUUACUGAAUCCAAGACCAAGAAAAUGAGCCGGAAAGGAAGUACUUCUUCUACCUCCUCUUCUUCUUCUAGUUCUAUAAUGGAUCCAUUGAGCAGUGUAUUGGAUGGUACCGAUCCUUUGUCAUUAUUUGCAGCAGCUGCAGAUCCUGUGACUACUGCUGCUGCCACGGAUGGCACACGAAAGAAACGAGAUAGGGAUGACAACUCAGCAGUAGGAAGUGACUUUGAACCAUGGUCAAGCAAACGCGGUGAAAUCCUUGCUAGAUACACAACAACGGAGAAGCUCUCUAUUAAUCUGUACAUGGGAUCUGAAAAAGGAAAAGCUACAACUACUGGCUCGGCAGUUUCUGAAAAAGUGAGGACAAGGUUAGAAGAACUGGAUGAUCUGGAAGAGGGGUCGCAGAAGGAGCUGUUGAAUUUGACUCAGCAGGAUUACAUGAACCGAAUUGAAGAACUGAACCAGUCUUUAAAGGAUGCUUGGUCCUCUGAUCAGAAAGUAAAAGCUCUGAAAAUAGUCAUCCAGUGUUCUAAGCUUCUUUCAGAUGCAACAGUAAUCCAGUUUUAUCCAAGUAAAUUUGUUCUAAUUACAGAUAUCCUUGAUACUUUUGGGAAACUAGUGUAUGAAAGAAUUCUGUCAAUGUGCGUGGACAAUCGUGUCACUCUGCCAGAUAAUUUUUCACCGGAGAGUGUUAAUGAUACUGCUAAAGAAACUUGCUUAAACUGGUUUUUCAAGAUUGCUUCAAUCAGAGAACUCAUUCCCAGAUUUUAUGUGGAAGCAGCAAUACUGAAGUGCAAUAAGUUCCUAUCCAAAACGGGGAUUUCAGAAUGUCUCCCACGGUUAACAUCUAUGAUUAGAGGAAUUGGAGAUCCACUGGUUGCAGUCUAUGCAAGAGCAUACCUUUGCAGGGUUGGGAUGGAAGUGGCACCACAACUCAAAGAAAGCCUUAACAAAAAUUUCUUUGACUUUCUUCUAACAUUUAAACAAAUUCAUGGGGAUACGGUUCAGAAUCAGCUGGUAGUACAAUGUGUGGAGAUUCCUUUGUAUUUGACUCUAUAUUCUCCUGCUAUAGACUGGAUUUUACAGUGUAUUGCAUACCGUGCUCCUGAAGUUCUGCUUACUGAGAUGAUGGAAAGAUGCAAAAAAUUGGGGAACAACGCUUUGCUGUUGAAUUCAGUGAUGUCGGCAUUCAGAGCAGAGUUUAUUGCUACAAGAUCUAUGGACUUCAUUGGCAUGAUUAAAGAGUGUGAUGAAUCUGGAUUCCCAAAGCAUCUCCUCUUUCGCUCCUUGGGAUUAAACUUGGCAUUGGCUGAUCCUCCUGAAAAUGAUCGCCUUCAAAUAUUAAAUGAAGCCUGGAAAGUUAUAACAAAGCUAAAGAACCCACAGGAUUACAUCAACUGUGCUGAAGUGUGGGUGGAGUAUACAUGCAGACAUUUUACGAAGCGAGAAGUCAAUACAGUUUUGGCUGAUGUUAUCAAACACAUGACUCCUGAUCGAGCAUUUGAAGAUGCUUACCCACAGCUGCAGUCAAUUAUUCAGAAAGUUAUCACCUAUAUCUUUGACUUCUCUCUGCUUUUUUCAGUGGAGAAAUUCUUGCCAUUUCUGGAUAUGUUCCAGAAGGAAAGUGUGAGAGUGGAGGUUUGCAAGUGCAUUAUGGAAUCUUUUAUUAAGCAUCAGCAGGAGUCUACAAAGGAUCCUGUUAUACUCAAUGCUCUUCUGCAUAUCUGCAAGACGAUGCACGAUUCUGUGAAUGCACUAACACUUGAGGAUGAGAAAAGAAUGUUAGCAGCAUUGAUAAAUGGAUUCAUAAAAAUGGUUUCGUUUGGCCGUGACUUCGAACAACAGCUGAGUUUUUACGUUGAAGCCAGGUCAAUGUUUUGCAAUCUGGAGCCUGUUCUAGUCCAGCUGAUCCAUUCUGUGAACCAACUAGCAAUGGAAACAAGAAAGGUGAUGAAAGGAAAUCAUUCCAGGAAGACUGCUGCAUUUGUCAGGGCUUGCGUUGCCUUCUGCUUCAUUACAAUUCCAUCUCUGAGCAGUAUCUUCACACGUCUUAAUCUGUAUCUACACUCUGGACAGGUUGCUCUGGCAAAUCAGUGCCUUUCACAAGCUGAUGCUUUUUUCAAAGCUGCAGUGAGCCUUGUUCCUGAAGUGCCAAAAAUGAUCAGUGUAGAUGGGAAGAUGCGACCUUCUGAUGCCUUUCUCCUGGAAUUCCUUUGUAAUUUUUUUUCCACGUUAUUAGUUGUUCCGGACCAUCCAGAACAAGGAGUGUUGUUUCUUGUGCGAGGAUUACUAAAUGUGAUCCAGGAUUAUACUUGGGAGGAUAACAGCGAUGACAAAGUCAGGAUUUAUACUAAUGUUUUGCAUCUGCUGUCUGCAAUGACUCAAGAAGCAUAUAUCUACCAUGUAGAUAAAGUUGAUUCCAAUGAUACCCUGUAUGGUGGAGACUCCAAGUUCCUGGCUGAAAUUAAUAAACUGUGUGAAACAGUGAUAGCACAGAUCCUGGAUCAUCUGAAAACCCUUGGAAAAGAAGAGACCCUAAAGCGGCAGAGCCAGCUGGCACUCUAUUUCUUUAACACUAUUCUAGCUCAUGGGGAUCUACGAAACAACAAACUAAACCAGCUUUCAGUCAAUCUCUGGAAUCUUGCUCAGAAACAUGGCUUUGCUGACACCAAGACUAUGGUGAAAACGCUGGAAUACAUCAAGAGGCGAAGCGAACAACCUGAAACGAGUCACUUCACAGACCUGGCCCUUCGGCUUCCUCUGCAGUCCAGGACCUGAUGAAUGCUUCUUUUCCAAAGAGUCAUCUGUACAAGAGAGCAUGUAGCUGAGGCCAAAAAUCACUGAUCUAGAUUUUGACUGGAGGAGUUCAGUGUAUUUUUAUUUUACUCAGUGUGACAGGUUUACUUGGACAGAGGUAAAAGUAAAACUGUUCUGAGUGCAAUAAUUUAACCUGAGUUUCUGUUUCCAGUUUUACCACUACGUUCUUAUUUUAAAUACUGAUUUAGAUUUAGUAAAGGGUAUUGUGAACCUCUGAGGUUGCAAAAAACUUUUGAAAUCUAAUCUGUUGUCAUUUUAGCCUCAAAGGAAGAAGAU